AUGGCAGAUGCUCAAGUAGUUGAUCCUGUUGAUGCAUUCCUCACCUUCCAUACAUCAAUAAUUUCAAACCCUACAGAAAGUUCAGCUGACAACCCUUCCCAAAGCACAAACGAAGAGACUUCCAGCGGCAGAUUACUUCAUGAACUCAGAGCCAAGCUCAGUAUUUACCAUCAUAUUACCAAUUCAGACAAAGAAGUCAUCUUGCAAAGCCUCGAAAAGCUUACUCCCCCCCCUCCGUGAGUGAACAAAAAAAUUUUGUUCACUCACGGAGGGGGGUUAAUUUUUUUUUUUAAAACAAAUUUAUAUAUAAAUUUUAUAAAAUUUUUUUUUUCGAAAUUUAAAAAAAUCAUAAUUCGAAAAAAUUGGAACGCACUAAUUAAUUUAAUUUAUAAAAUCUAUGUUUUAAAUAGCAAUUCGUUUAGAAUUGAACAGAAUUAGCUCUAGAUUUCAUUAUAUUAAUUAUCAUUUAUAUAUUAAAUUUUUUUUCCAUAAAAAAUUUUUCUAUUAAAAAAAUUUUUGUUCACUCACGGAGGGUGGGUUUUUGAGCAAAAAAUAGGGAUUUUUCUAAUGGUUUUGUUCACUCACGGAGGGGGGGGAGUUAGCAAAAUUGAAAGCAUUGGGACUGAUUUCCGUGUUUUAAAAUACAUAGAAAUCGGCAAAGCCUGCGACUGGAUCGAAGCCACAAACGAUGUUUUAGGAAUGGCGAAAUUUGUAGAAGGCACAGUCGGAAGCGAAGAUAAAGAAACACCAAAAAAAAUGCUUUGGUUUAUCAGCAAGAUGAAUAUUGUCAGUGAAGUUCUAAAGCAGAGGGUUGAAAAACUGAUCGCUCUAUUUGGUAUUGAAGACCCAAACCCUCCACCUCCUCCAAUCCCUCCUGAAGAAGAAAAAGAUAAAGUAUUGAUAGUAAACCCUCAUACAGAAAUUGACAUCAAUAGAGACCACCCAAUUUACUGCAUGCAAAGAGGUUUUUCAAAAGAUAUAACAACGAUCAUAUGGAAAGGGAAAAUUAAAAGCACUGGGGCUGAGGUUGCCAUUAAAAUGUAUAAAAGUAAAAACGAAGCAAAAGUAAGAAAAUAUGAAAGCGAAGGCCAAAUUAUGCAAACUCUGAACAGAAGGCACCCAGUAUUCUUGGACUAUUAUGGGAUGUUUUAUGAAAGUGUCAUGGAAGGCAGUGAGCAGUAUCAUCAUUUGUAUCUAGUUAUGGAGCUUUGUGAAUGCUCUCUCAUGGAUGAUAUGUCACUCCGCGCUGGGUCUCAGCAAUAUUAUAUAAGCGAAGAUACCUAUUUUAACUAUGUUCAAAAUCUUUUGGAGGGCUUCAUAAUUCUUGAAGGAUUAAAAAUUUAUCAUCAAGACAUAAAGCCUCAUAAUAUUUUUAUUUCUAAAAGUGGGCAGCUCAAAAUUGCGGAUUUCAACAUUUCAUCAUUUGCAGAUGCCCCCGAAUCUACAUGAAUGACUACCAAUUCACAAAUUAUACAAGGAACAGAAGGCUAUAUGGCUCCAGAGCUUCAAAUUGCAAUGGAUAAUAUGAAAAACGACCCUACAGCUCCAAGGAACAUAAAAUAUAAACGUGGAAAAGCUGAUGUUUAUUCUUUAGGAUUGACAUUCCUGCAGCUUUACUUUUUGCAGCCUAUCAUAGGUAUUAAUAAAUGCUUUGAUCAAAAUUAUAUGAAUAAUUACUUGGAUCACUAUAAUCCUCCCCAAGUUUCUAAUAUGCUAAAAGGGAUGCUUACUAUUGAUCCGAAAAAGAGGUUUAACUUUAAGAAGGCACUGGCUACAUUAAGGACCCCUCAUGACAGCCAAGACUUUCCAACUGCCCCAGAUCAAUAA